UAAGCCUGCCAAACUGAAUCUUCAGCUCUAAUCGACUUACCAAUUACAUCCCACCAUCCACCUCCAGAAUACUGCUCCAAAAUCCUCUGAUCCAUCCAUAAUGACUCCGCCCACCAAUCCUACCCGCCGCCUCCAUGCUCUAAUCCACCAGUUCGGCCACCACAACCCAAAAAGCCGCCAACUUUCCGGCGAACCGUCCGCCAAGGAUGAUGAAUGCAAAGCUUUCUCCUUGUCCGAGCGCUUUCAUUCUAAAAGAGCGGCUGUUCUGGUCUGCCUAUUUGAGGGCGCAAAGGGAGACAUCAGAGUUAUUCUCACCAAGCGCUCCUCAAAACUCUCAACUCACUCUGGGGAGGUGUCGUUGCCGGGGGGGAUGGUGGAGGCAGGGGAUGCGGGCUACAGGGAAACUGCUGUCAGAGAGGCGAAGGAGGAGAUCGGUCUUGAUCCCUCUCUGGUGGCUGUUGUGGCAAUUCUCCAACCCUUCCUCUCCCAGGUGCGUUUACCAGUCGCUGAUGUUCCUUUCUGUGAAAAUUGGAUUUAGUGUA